AUGCGUGUGAGGAAACGAUACGACCCUCGCAAUGUUUCAACGCUCUUCAAUGUUUCUCUCGAUUACUUUUACCCGACAGUGCCUGAUGAAACCAACAGAGAGGAUGUGUUCGGCGAGACUACUCAGAGGAUGGAUUUCAAUCUUUCUUCGGAUAAAGAUACCUCUUCGGAAUGCAUUUCAAAACAAUUACAACAACUUCACUUCUCAGAGGAGAUACAUGUAAACUAUCAUCAAACUAUUUCAACAAGAGAGCUUUCUUUUGAUGAAUGGAGAUUGAUUGCAAGUUUUCUCACGAGCCGUGCUGCCUUUCAUGGACUUGCGGGUGUCAAUCAAACAGCUAGACUUGCUGUAGUGUCUUGUCAUUUUGUUCAAAACACGUUCGUGGUGCAAUCUUUUGUUCGGGGAUGGAUGGAAACUGAAUCAAGAAGCGCAAUAAGAGAUCAAUUGGUUCCCAUUUACCGACUGAAAAACAUGUUGCAACCCUUGCAUGAUUAUCAUUUACAUGAUUUGACACAUUUUGUUCAUCCUGAUGUCAAGAAGAAAUCACAAAUACCUCAAGAAGAUAGCCCUUCUCAACGCAUUUCACAUUUGCCAAUUCCGAAUUAUUACUCAGCGUCGUGUGUUAAAUAUGCUUGCGAAUCUGGCUUUACUGCUAUGAUUGAUCAAUUACUUGAGAAACCCUUUCUUCUUCGUUUGUCUUCACUGGAUUUGUAUCAAUGGGUGAAAGUUGCUUUAACGAACAAUCAUUACGAUCUUGCAAAGAAGAUUGUUAAAGUUUUCAUGCAACCGAUUGCAUUAGAACCAAAACCAGCGGAGGAAACCAUACAAUUUGAAAGCAUUCUUUCGUCAGAAAAGGCUGAUGCAAUUUUAAAACGAUCCAUAAGAGCAAUCUUUUCUGAGGGCCAUUUCGUUACAUUACUGAAGAAGAAUGAUUUUGAGAAUGCCUUAUUUUUAUUAAGGGAGAUCUUUGCUCUAAACUUACAUGACAUCAAUACUAUUGAGUAUAUCAUGCAUACAACAUUUGAACGUGCAUUGUCUAAUUCUUUUGGUAUUAAUGGUGAACAAAUGAUAUGGCUCUUUGAUGCUAUUUAUGAGAUAGGAAAAACAAACACUCAUAUUUCGAGAAUAGCCCAUAGAUUCAUUCCAAAAUACUCUGAGCUCUAUCACGUAUACAUAACCAAAUUCAACAACCGAGAUGUGAAUGCUGACAAAAAAUACUUUGAAAGCGCUCUCUCUGAAUUACCACCUGGUCGUGAUUGGAAUUUUAUACUCUCAGUCAUUCAGCCUUCAUUCUCUGCAUUUAACACGAUAAUACUAUGCAGUUUGGGAACUAUCCAGAAAUUUGAGCCAUGGUUUAGUAAUACCUAUCCAAACGAGCUAGCCGAAUACUUGUUUGAAAAUAUGUCUAUUUUAGAACAAAAUUAUAUUUAUAUUGCAGCACACAGCCAUGAAAUUCAACAAAUAUUUAACUCACAGACGCAACAAAAACUUGCUUCUUUAUUCCUAUCCCAAGAUCGAUUGAGUUUAAACAAACUCAUAUUCCUGUUGAAAACAUUUGAUUGUUUCUCAGAACUCAUCAAAAUUUUGAUAGAAAAAACCAACAGAGACUUCAUAUUACAACCAAUAUAUAAUUACGUAAUUUCUGAAAUUUCAAAUUCAAAUCUCCACAUGGUGAACGAUUUCAUCUUCGCGAGUGACAUUGGUACUGAGAACGAUAUUAACAGCGUUCAUUGCACCGCAGCAGUUUUGAUGUAUUGUGCAAAAAUUGGCAAGAGACAGUUUUUUGAGUGUAUUGUGGAACAACAAAAGGAUAUCAUUUGUCAGUUUCCUCAAUUCUUACCAAUUAUCUACAACACUGUUGCUGACAUGGUACACGUUGAACAUUCAAACUUGAAGAAAGAAUUUCAUUUGGUUGAUUGCAAGUCUGAUAUUCAUGCCCUCGACAAACAGGCUGUUUUAAAGGAAUAUGGAUUUAGUACCAGUGAUAUUUCAAAACUUAUUGAAAUCUACAUUUCACGGAAUGCACGACUCUCAGAUUUAUUACAUUUUCCUUCCUUCACCAGUGAACACUUGUUUGAAAUACCUCAUUUAUUCAAUCCAAUUAAGUUGGAUAAGAUCAGCGAUUUAUGCAGAGUAUAUGAUUUAUUGAUGACUAAUUUUGAACAAGAACGAAUCAAAAACAAAUUCAAAGAAUUCUUUUGCUAUUUACAUGGAAGACAGAGUUUCAUGACAGAGAAUAGCAAAGUUUUUAACAAGUCGUACAUGACUAUGGUGGAAGCGAUUAUGUAUGACAUAUUGUUCGAUGAAGAGUUUUGCAAUGCCGUGUCCUCGUUUCACAAAUGUUUGAACGAAAUUUCUUCGAACAGCCACAGCGACAACGACGUUACUCGAUCAGAAAUGAACCACUUCUCAAAACUUCUCAAGAAAGAAAGUUCAGACCAGUUAAUGGAACCAUUGUCAUUUAAACUUUCUGAUAAUGAGAGAUUAAUACAAGUCUUAAAAUCAAAAGCUGAGAAUCAUCCUUUAGAAAUCAAGCCGUCAAACUUUACAGUGUGGAAAGCAUUCAUUCAACAAUUUUCGAAUCCUGACAUUUUGGCCCAAGUGAAUCAGCUUUUGGAUAAGCUGGAACCUACUGAAAAAGAUCCUUUCUCGAUUCUCAAUACUCCACUUCAUGCCACACAACAUGGAAUUCCUUCUCGAGUUCUCUUUACUUUUGGCUUGUCUUGUGCAUCACCUGUUCCUAAUCCAUUUCAGACAACAACCAAUUCAUUUCACUAUCACUCCAGAUCAGUUUCUCAACGAAAAAAUCAACGUUGA